AUGCCAAGAUUCGAGGAUCUCACACCGGAGAAGCUCGGCCGUGCAGGCAUCGUCCGCGAAGUUUCAUUUGGCACAAUGUAUGACAAGAUACUUGUCAUCGAGAAGUGUGCAGACUCCCGCACAGUAACGAUCUUCGAAAGGGGCAGCAACAAGAUGAUCGUCGCCAAGGGCAAGUGCGCCCUGCAUGACGCGCUCGAGGUGGUGAGGAACAUGAUCAUUGACAAUCGGGUUAUCUAUGGUGGAGGUGCGAUAUUGCUAGCACACCCUGUAUAG